CAACAAGCAGCCAGCUAACGUUUGCUUCUGCUGCUGCAGCUUAGCGCCGCACGGAGUUCGGCAUUGCACCCCCCCGAUCUGACAUCUGACAUCUCAUUUUCCCCUCAAAUAAUACAACACCACUCCAUCACCUUCAUCCAACUCCUAAUCACCUUCAAGAAUGACUUCCACCAUGCGUGCAUGGGUAUACACCCAGUCAGGCCUGCCCUCAACAACCCUGACACCGACAACCACCUUCCCCGCGCCCACGGCCUCCUCCCUCGGCGCCAAUGACCUCCUCAUCGAAGUCGACUACGUCUCGCUGAACGCCAUCUGUACAGCCAUGAUGCGCGCCCUGCCUCCGCAGCCCUUCUCUCUCGGCCUCCCUUUCCGACGCCGCAUCGCCGUCCCCGAGUUCGAGUUCAGCGGCCGCAUCCUCGCCACGGGGUCGCAGGUCGCCACCACCCGACCGGAACUAACCCCCUCCACGCGAGUCGCGGGCUGCGUCUCGGAGCAGGAAGUCUUCGGAACAGGGAAGGGCGCGCUGGCCGAGCGGUUGAUUGCGCCCGCUAGCCAGGUCAUCGCGCUGGCCGGAUGCCCCCUCCCGCUACAGCCCUCGCCCUCGCCCUCGCCCUCGCCCUCGCCCUCAGCCCUACCCCAAUCCCAAUCCCAAUCCCACCCCACGACUCCACCGCCACCUUCCCCCUCACCUUCACCUCCACCAAAAGCAGAACCACUAUCACCGCAAGAAUCCUCCGGCCUCACCGGCUGCGGCUGCACCGCCAUCCAAACCCUAGACCUCACCCGCCUAAUCGCCGGGGACAAGCUGCUCGUGAACGGCGGCAGCACAAGCGUGGGCAUGCUCACAAUCCAGAUCGCACGGCACAUCCUCGGCCCAACCGGGACGAUCGUGGCGACGUGCUCGUCGCGCAACGCGGACCUCCUCGCCUCGCUCGGCGUCGACGAGGUCAUCGACUACGUCGCGCACGCUCCGCUGCACGCGUAUCUCCGCGCGCACCACUCCUCCUCUGCCCCCUCACCGAGAGCGGACCCCCGCCCCUUCGACGCAAUCAUCGACUGCAUCGGCGACACAACCCUCUACCACCACUGCGCCGCCUACCUCGCCGAAGACAAACCGUUCAUCAACCUGGGACAGAUGAACGCCGCCCCGGGGUUCUGGGGCCAGAUGGCGUGGGCGUGGGAGCAGGUUGUUGUUAGGGUACGGGAGGGGGCUGCGUGAUUCAUGCUGUUGCUGGAGCGCAGAGGUGGAAGAGUUUUGGAGACUGGUAGGGUUGAGGCUUGUUGGUGGGUCUGUGGUUAGAGGCGAUACUCUUCAAUUACACAGCUAGUUGAACGCAACACUGAAUGCAAAACGGGUACAGAGCCUCGGAGGUAA